CUAGAGAUGUAUACCUGUAUGUAGUCGACCAUGCUUCUUGCUAAGUUGAGGAGGGGUGGGGGAUAGCGUACUUCCAAUACCGUAAUCGUGAGACUGGUAAGCGGGCCGGUGGGAUGGCAACGCCCGCUAACUACUUCCCAUUUCUCCAACAUUGAUACAACAUCCAAAUUCCCAAAUUCAUUGGGAUCCGAGGUCGGUCAGAUCUAUAGGUCUUUGGCGCUUUGGGCGACCAAUUUUCGUAAUUUGAUGUUUAAAGUAUAAGGAACUCCCAAGCGAUUACUUGAAUACAAUAUUUGAAUAAACCAUGUCGCCGUUUAUAUAUUUAAACUCCCCAGCACGAGAGUGGGUAUAUAAUCAUGACGGCGCACAAAGCGGAACCCACGAGUCAACCGUCCUCGCAUUCCACAAGACGAUUCCGGAGUAUAACGAGACAAAACUGCAUAGCCUGACAGACCUGGCAACAGAGCUGGGCCUUGGACAUGUGCUGUUGAAAGAUGAGUCAAACAGAUUCGGUCUGCCGGCGUUCAAGAUCUUAGGGGCAUCGUGGGCCGUGUACCGCGCCAUAGGAUUGCAUCUUGGUUUACCAGUCUCAGAUGGUCGGGUUUCUUUUGCAGAAGUUGGCUCAAAAGCAAGAGAAUCAGGAUUGCAGAUCGUGACGGUAACAGAGGGGAAUUGCGGCAGAGCGGUGGCGCGCAUGGCAGCGGCGCAUAUGGGGAUCCCGACGAGAGUAUUUGUCCCUUCAUUGAUGGACGAGAAGACUCGCGCCAAGAUAAGGGGCGAGGGAGCCGAGGUCAUAGCACUUGAUAAAAGUUACGACGAUGUGAUUCCCGUCGUGUUGGAGGAGGCAAAAGCUGGGGAAAACACGAUAUUAAUACUGGAUGUUAGCGUGGAGGGAUACGAUACUAUCCCACAGUACUUUGUCGAAGGCUAUAGCACGAUGCUUGCCGAGUCGGACCGCCAAGUCCUUGAGCUGACGGGCGGAAAAGCGGCUACUCACGCUAUUGUGCCUGUGGGCGCUGGAUCUAUUGGUGAGGCUGUCACGGCACAUUUUAAAAGUAGUACUCGGCGAAAUGAUUCAGGGCAGGCAAGAGUUCUAGGUGUUGAGGCUACCGUUGCAGCAUGCCUCUUCCAGUCGCUGAAAACAGGAAAAAGCGUUUCGGUACUGACGGAGGAUACCAUCAUGUGUGGGAUGAACUGCGGGAUUCUAUCUAAUACAGCGUGGCCGAUACUCAGGGACGGCAUGGAUGCUGGUGUGGUAGUGAGUGACUUGGAAUCGCAUAAUGCAGUUCAGGAGCUCAGUGCCCGUGGCAUUCCUGCUGGACCUUGCGGUGCCGCAACGCUGGCUGCGCUUAAGAGGGCCUGUGCGGACGCGAAGCAGGAAUUGGGUCUUGAUGAAACGUCGAUUGUGGUGCUAUAUUGUACUGAAGGCCAGAGGGAAUAUAUGGUACCGUCGUAAGCUAAUCUUGAGAGAUUAUUCCUAAAGAUUGAGUAAAACAAACGACAUAUCCAAGAUAGCAGAUCAGACCAGUUUCGUAUAUUUCUGAAACUUAGACAUAAGCUUCUUUUGGCUCAUGAAUAUCUGUACAUUCUUAUUUGUACAUGCUAAACCCCUAGAUACACCACCGGGUGAAAAGCUCUAAUCCUGCUGGAUCUAGAGGGGUAUAAUUGGUUGCCUU